AUGGAAAAGCAAUAAGAGAAUGGCGAUAAAAGUUCAAUGAGUUUAUGGAGCAAAAGGACUUCAAUUGAAACUACUUAUAAUGAAGCUCCAUCAGUGGAAAGUGAAAUGGGUACUUAAAACAUUUUAAAGUAUCAUUUCGUUAUUGGGAUUUUAAAACCUGGAUAAAAAAGGAUAGGUUUAAAAGCUAUCAAUAAAAAUAAACUAUCAAUUGGGGGCAUUUUAGGAAUUAAAAAAUUUAAGAAAUGA